CUCGGCUCCGCCCGGGAAAGGGUUAACCAGGCGGGUGGGGAGGGGAGUGGCGCUCACACCUUUCCCAGAGACCUCGGGCGGCGGCGAGGCCCGGGCGGGGCGGAGGCUGGGGCCAAGACUCCUGGCGAAUAGCAGCGCGCAGCCGGCCCGGAUUGGAGCAGCCUCAUCACGCUGACCUCUGCCUGGGAUGUAAACCCCAAGGGCCGCCACGGGCACCGGAGAGCUCUCGGCACCUCCGGGAAAGCCACCUCGGCCACCCCUCCCCAACCCCUCCCCGGCCCAAGCCGCGGCCGGCCCAGCCUCGACCUCGGCGGCGGCGACCAGCGGCGGCUGUGAGACGCUGAGCGAGCCCUGUCGCGGGCGGGGAGCGUGCGUCGCUUCGCUCAGGCUGCGAGAGGAGGGGCGGCGCGAGUCAUGGCCGGGGACAGCGAGCAGACCCUGCAGAACCACCAGCAGCCCAACGGCGGCGAGCCCUUCCUGAUCGGCGUGAGCGGGGGCACGGCCAGCGGCAAGUCUUCCGUUUGUGCCAAGAUUGUGCAGCUCCUGGGGCAGAAUGAGGUGGAUUACCACCAGAAGCAGGUGGUCAUCCUGAGUCAGGAUAGCUUCUACCGAGUCCUCACUUCAGAGCAGAAGGCCAAAGCCCUAAAGGGCCAGUUCAACUUUGAUCACCCGGAUGCCUUUGACAAUGAACUCAUCUUCAAAACACUCAAAGAAAUCACGGAAGGAAAAACAGUCCAGAUACCCGUGUAUGACUUUGUCUCCCACUCUCGGAAGGAGGAGACGGUCACUGUCUACCCUGCAGAUGUGGUGCUCUUUGAAGGGAUCCUGGCCUUCUACUCCCAGGAGGUUCGAGACCUGUUCCAGAUGAAGCUUUUUGUGGACACAGAUGCGGACACUCGUCUCUCUCGCAGAGUAUUGAGGGACAUCAGCGAAAGAGGCAGGGACCUUGAGCAGAUUUUAUCUCAGUACAUCACGUUCGUGAAGCCUGCCUUUGAGGAAUUCUGCUUGCCAACAAAGAAGUAUGCCGACGUGAUCAUUCCUAGAGGUGCAGACAAUCUUGUGGCCAUCAACCUCAUCGUGCAGCACAUCCAGGACAUCCUCAAUGGAGGGCUCUCCAAGCGGCAGACCAAUGGCUAUCUCAACGGCUACACCCCUUCACGCAAGAGGCAGGCAUCGGAAUCCAGCAGCCGGCCACAUUGACCCCCGUGCCCUGACUCCAAAUCCCAGCCCCCAGCUCCAAGACACAGGAGGGUCGAGAGGCUUUGGUCAUCUGUACAUACGCCUCCUAUGAAAUUACUGUAUUUAAGAAAGCAGCGCGGAGAUGAAAUGCCUUGAUUUUCUUGUUUUCCUUUUUUGUACUUUGGAACAGCAAAUCGAACAGAACUUGACCCUGAGCUUAAGUGACAAACUGUGCCAACUACUACUGGUGAUGCCUAAUUAUGAAUCCAACGUGUAACCAGUUAUAUAUAUAUACACACACACAUAUACAUACACACACACACACACACAUACACACACAUAUAUAUACAUAUAUAAAAGGAUCUAUUUUUGUGUAAAUGUACAAAUACUGUAAAGCUGUUUGCCAUAAGUAUUCUGCAGGAACCUGUGUGUGGGCGUUGGGCCUGGAGCCCCACUCAGCAGGGCUCUGAGGAGCCACGGGAGUGGGUGGUUGAUUGGUUGAUGUCCCUUGCUCUCUGCAUCGUGGGCCUCAACUCUAAAGCCCGUCCCCCACAGAUGUCCCCUCCUUGAAACUGGAGCCGAGAGAGAUACUUUUUUUUUUUUUUUUUUUUUUUUGAGUUGAAAUUAAAUGUGAUCUCAACUCAAAAAGUCAAUCUCAGGGAAGAGGCCCACUGAGGAAGAACAAUCUGUCUGCAUUUCUUCUUGCUUCACUCUGGCUCUGGCUGCCUGGGUGGCUCCGUGACGCCUUCCUUCCUCUGCUGUCUCUGUUUCCCAGGAAGCCAGAGUUGUCUCUGCUUUCCCGGGGGGUGGAUCUUACAGGGCCUCAUCCUGCGGGAAAAGAGAGAGGAGGAGGGAGGGGUGGGACUAUGUCCUUUAGCAUGUUUAAGGAAAAAUUGCCUCCUAGGGAAGUGACUGGUCAGGUUGCCUGGACAUUUUUAAAUAUGGAGUGGCUCAUUGCAGUCUGGGCUUUGGUUAAGGAUGUCUGGUAUUGACCACUGACAGGCCUUCACAGGAGGAUGCCACCAGGGAGUUCCACCUCUUCUGAGCUGGGGCUGUACAGUGAGAUAAGGAAUAUCUGUGCCUCCAACCUGAGAUUCUCUUGAGCAGUUGAUUCAGGAUGAUUUCCUGAAGUACCUGUGAGUAUGGUGGCUGCCUGGAAGGAAGGGGCUAGGAGAAGGGAAGCAUUUCUUAGAGGGUAUGAAGGGAGGGUAUUUAAAUCAUGGGUACUUAAGCUGGGGUUUUAUAUUGAAGACGCCUGAGGUAGAGAUUUCCCGAACACUUCCUUUUGAGUAGGAGCUCUUGCUUGUGCAGGAAGUUGAUUGAUGCCAUGCUGCGAAGAGAGCUGGAGGAAACAGGGACCAAGCAAGAAGAGACAGGUGUGAAUGAGACGGGGCCUUGGUCUGGGCCCAGUGUAGAGGAGCCAAGGACUGUCGUGUUGAUGGUCACCAUCCUGCACUUUGGGGGCCACAUGCUUAUAGUCACUCUGCCUGGACACUCGGGAGCCUCAUCCCCAGGUGGCUAUCAGGGCCCAGUGAGCUUCUUACUCCGUUACUAUCCAACCACGCUGAGUGAGUUCCCUCCCUGUUUGAGUGCCGUCCAGUUCCCCAACCAGGAUUCAAAUUGGCCUCCCACUCCGUUGUUCUAUUUAAAAGACAUAAACCUAGUCCUCAGUAGAGCUUUGCUACUUUUCCUGAGGCUAUCAGGAGGCCAUGGUGCAGACUCCCCAGCAAAUUCCCAUGAUGGCAAAUGUUCUGGAGCAGGGAGCGUUCAGCUUAGGUACCUGUGGGAGAGGACACACUCACCCAGACAGAUGCAUCCUAGAGUGUCUGGGGAACAGUCUUUAUCACAUCAACUUCACAUCCAUGGUAAUUCUGAGAUAAAAGGUAGGUUAGGGCCUGGCCUGGGAUCCCAAGGGCAGGGGCCCUGGCCUUGCUGGAAUUGCAUGUGCUCAUGGGAAACGCAUUGUUGUCUGCAAGAGCCUUGGCCUCUUAGUGGGUAGCACGCUCAACUUUACUUGAAGCUCCCAGGUGCCAAACCACUUAGUGCCUUGGCUGUCUACCCUACUGCCGUGGAAAAUGGAUUCUUCUCAUCUCUGAGCCUUUACUUAGCCGCUUUCUCAUCUACCUAUGGUGUUGGGACCAUGCCCUCCAGGAAUCUGAGCAGCCCAUGCCUAGCUUGGACACAGCUUUUUAGGACUACCGUAUCCCUGCCUCCUGGGGAAACUGUAAGCAAUUCUGGCUUGGCUAGAAGCAGUGUUUGCUGGGGGCAGGGAAGGGAUGGAGGUUCUUCUGCUCCGAGGCUGCUCAGCUUUUGACUAGUUGUGCCCUUGAACUUGAGUUGGAGGUAAACUUAUUAGGAAACCAUGACAUUUGUCAUCUGAGAACUUUUAGCUGCCCAGAGAGGAAGCAUGGCUGAGCGGCGCUGAGCAACAUUGCUCACAGGUGCAAAAAUCUCUGGGCUUCAGAGCCACCCGGUGGUGCUCGCCUCCGCCUCCCUGCUCCAAUACUGUCUCUGGCCUGAGUAUUUAGGAGACAAACUUCUAAGCCUUGUGUCACACUUCAUGCUAAUGCAACUUCUGCUGGCUGUGACUUUGGGUAACCAGAGGCUGCUGUGAAAAAUGAUAGGACUCUGAUAAGGGGUGGGUAGAGUAGGCCCCCGGGAGUGGGUUGUUCAAGUCACCCGUCUCAGAACUAAUAUUCGUAAUGGUGGCUAGUCAGAUCCUGGGGAAGUUGCCUCCAGUUUGCUCUACCCAGGGUGGGUUGUUUGUGUCUUGGGACGCAGCUGGGUCAGCUGUACCCUUGAGUAGGCGAAAGUAGAGAGAAUAGUCCACGCUGACCGCACGCCUCUUGCAGGGAAAUGUUCUUCACUGGGCUGCUUGUGGUGAGGCUAGGGUCAGCCCUGGGUAUAUACAGGCUGGUGCUUCUGGGAAGGAAGGACCUGCUGGCCUUCCCUGUCACCUUUGCCGGGCAGGUGGCCCAAUGCAAAUUGUGUCAGACAUAACAAGGAAGAGAGGGUUGGGAAAGGCACAAAUGGAUGUGUCUGGUGUGCCCAAGUCCCCCUUAAGAGUCUGGCUCUGGGGCCUGCUUUGCUCUCCUCUCGUAGUACCAGGCACACGUUAGAGCGGCUUCCUGUUGCUCUCAGGCAGUGAGCUCCUACCAAGGCCUGCCUGGGGAGUGGGGGUGAAUGACUAGACCUAGACUGUUCUUUUCCUAGAAGAUGCUGUCUCUUCCCGUCUUUGCUUUUUACUGCCCUACCUUUGUUAGUGCUAUGGAAUGACCACAUCCUGUGUACUUUGUUGUAAAUAAAGACAAAGCAAAAACUA